GGCUCCGGAGCGCGGCUCGUGCGGGUCGCGCGGGCGGGGGGCGCGCCAGGGGACCCGCCGUCGCCGCGGACCUCGGGAACGAGGUUUCCUGCCCCGAAGAAGAGCGUCCUGCCCCGAAGGCCGCGCGCCGGGCUCGCCGGGGACUGUGCAGAAUGGCAGCCUCGGGCGGCCUGCUUGGCCUGGUGCUUCGGGCUGCAGGAAUGGGUCGCUGCCUGCACACAUCCUCCCGGCGGGCUGACAGCAGCAGAGCUUCACUCACACGGGUGCACCGACAGGCCUACGCACGGCUCUACCCUGUGCUCUUGGUCAGGCAGGACGGCUCCACUAUCCACAUCCGCUACCGAGAGCCACGGAGGAUGCUGGUGAUGCCUUUGGACCUGGAUAGCCUGACCCCGGAGGAGAGGAGAACACGCUUCCGGAAACGGGAGGCCCAGCUCAGAGAGAAGAAGGUGGAGGAGCCUCAGCUUGCUGAUGACUUUGACCAGGAGCGCUACAAGCAGUUUUGGACCAAGAAAUAACUGUAUCAGGGCUGCCAGCAGAGCAGCCUUGGGCGCUCUGGGAGUGGAGCGGUGUCUGUUUUAAACAAGGUUUUGCCCCAGC